UCAAAAGGCAACUUUUGCUCGUUGAAAAACUGCCCAUAUGACGUCCAGCCCAAUCGUCUGCCACACAUUGCAUGCAAUCACACCGGAAAGUGGUCUUUGAACUGUGGUGACAACUCAACGCUGCUCUCCAUAACCAAAUCGAUGCACCUCUAAAUCCUGAGCAUGCACAAUAGCCUGCGAUCGAUAGCAGCCGCGGCAACCACAAGCAUUCCACGAUCCGGCAGAAUGCUCAAGCUGAGCUGGGACACGGCGCUGCAGAAGGUGGCCUCGCUGUUGGUCAUGGAGUGUGCCCUCCAUCAUGCGCGGCACUGCCUCUCCACGGAAGACUUCGAUGCGCCCGGAGUGAACAUCGCUUACAGCAAGUUCAAGCGGAGGCAGGAGCCAUUCAAGAUCAUCAAGUCGCAGAUUAAUGCGUGGUAUGGCGAAAAUAAAUACCUGGAGCAUCAGAGCUUGCAGACUGCAUCCUUUAAAACAGAGUACAACUUUACCUUACCUAGGUAG